GCACUCUAACAUCCCCCCUCUCUGGUCUCUCCCUCCCUUUCUCUUUCUAUAUUCUGGUUUUUGCUACCUUCAUAAGCAAACUGACCAAACUGGCGGUUAAAAAUAAAAACAACAACAACUUGUCUUUCCCUCUCUAAAAGCUUGAUGGUUAAGUACUGUAUAAACACAUCAUGAUCUUCAAUCAAAUAGGCAACACAAGGUCCUUAAUCUGAUUAAUCGCAAGCUGAAAGUUUGAAGCUUUAUAGAAAUGAAAAUGAUACAGCAUGCAGAAAAGAAGGGUGGCUCAGGUUGCCGGACUGUUAUGGUGGGUGUGAAGCUUGACUCAGAGAGUAGAGAGCUAUUGACUUGGGCUAUGGUUAAAGUAGCACAGCCUGGUGAUACUGUUAUUGCUCUCCAUGUUCUUGGUAACAAUGAAAUUGUAGAUCGUGAAGGAAAGUCUUCACUUCUCUCACUUGUCAAAGCUUUUGACUCUGUUCUUGCUGUUUAUGAAGGUUUCUGCAACCUGAAACAGGUGGAUCUCAAGUUGAAGAUAUGUAGAGGUUCAUCAAUUCGAAAAAUAUUAGUUAGAGAAGCAAAAUCUUACUCAGCAACAAACAUUAUAGUUGGGGCAGCCAGAACUCACCAUACAAUCCGGUCACCGACAUCAGUAGCCAAGUAUUGCGCCAAAAAGCUAUCAAAGGAUUGUUUAGUUCUUGCUGUCCAUAAUGGGAAAGUUGUGUUUCAAAAAGAAGGUUCUACAGCUAAAACUGGUGAUUCACAUGGAAGUGAAGAUGAUCAGCGGAAGGGAUUCGUCAAUAUAUUUCAUAGAUCAAUUUCACUGAGUAAGAAUUCUAAAGUAAUAAGUGAAAGUGGUAUUAAUGAAGCCCCAAAGUAUGUCGUUGGUGAGGGUAAUGAGCAAACUUUCCAUCAGGCCUUAGUAAAGGCCCGUCCUAAUAGUCUGGGGAGUAUCAUGAAACAGAAUUGCACAGUUUGUGGAGCAGUUGGUAAUUCUCUAGAUGAAUCUUGUAACCAAUCUGCAGAAAAGUCUUCUGGUGAUAAUGGUGGUGAUAACAAGUCUUUAGCUCUAGUGCCGGUAUCAAAGGUAGAGGGGCGGUCUAGUUCAUUUCGUUCGUUAAUUGCACAAGUGCCUGAACUGAAGCCUGGUUGGCCUUUACUUCGCCGCGCCAUCUUACCCGGCGGACAAGCAUCUGAUAGGUCCUCAUUGAGGCAGAUCUCAGUGGUUCAGUGGGCAAUGAGGUUGCCUAGCAGGCAACUCUCAUCAUCCAUCUCCAAUUUGGACCACAAACAGAACGGUGAAGGUCAGCCCAGUUUAGAUGGUGAGAGUGGAGCAAUUGUUGCUGUUGGUACAGACGCACUUACAAUUCCACCUUCUCCUGAUCAUAAUGCAAAGCUACCAAUAGAACUGGAGGGUUUUCAUGAAAAGUACUCUGCCACUUGCAGAUUGUUUCAGUACCAAGAACUCCUCUCUGCUACAUCUAAUUUCUUGGCUGAAUAUUUGGUUGGGAAAGGAGGCAGCAGUCAGGUUUAUAAAGGUUGCCUUCCUGAUGGCAAGGAACUUGCUGUGAAGAUCUUAAAGCCAUCUGAAGAUGUUUUGAAGGAAUUUGUUUUAGAAAUUGAGAUUAUUACUACCUUAAAUCACAAGAACAUCAUUUCUCUUUUGGGGUUUUGUUUUGAGUACAACAAACUUCUCCUAGUUUACGAUUUCCUGUCAAGAGGAAGUCUGGAAGAGAACCUCCAUGGUAACAGAAAGGAUCCCCUUGCAUUUAAUUGGUACGAAAGAUACAAGGUGGCAGUAGGAGUAGCUGAGGCCUUAAAUUACCUUCACACUGGCACUGCUCAACCUGUGAUCCACAGGGAUGUUAAAUCUUCAAAUAUAUUAUUAUCUGACGAUUUUGAGCCACAGCUUUCUGAUUUUGGACUUGCUAAAUGGGCAUCAACCUCUUCAUCUCACAUAAUUUGUACUGAUGUUGCAGGAACAUUUGGUUACUUGGCUCCUGAGUACUUUAUGUAUGGCAAAGUAAACGAGAAAAUCGAUGUCUAUGCAUUUGGUGUUGUACUCCUUGAGCUUCUUUCGGGGAGAAAGCCAAUAAGCAAUGAUCUUCCAAAAGGCCAAGAAAGCCUAGUUAUGUGGGCAAAGCCAAUUCUAGACGACGGCAAAUUUUGCCAAUUGCUAGACCCAAGCUUGGGUGAUGACUAUGAUCAAGAUCAGAUGGAGAGGAUGGUUUUAGCUGCCACUCUCUGCGUAAAACGUUCUCCACGAGCUAGGCCUCAAAUGAGCCUUGUAUUGAAGCUCCUCCACGGAGAUGCUGAAGUGACAAAGUGGGCAAGGCUGCAAGUCAAUAAAGUAGAAGAAUCUGACAUGCUGGAUGAUGAAACAUGUCCACGGUCAAAUAUACAGUCUCAUCUAAACCUUGCAUUUCUUGAUGUUGAGGAUGACUCACUCUCCAUUAGCAGCAUUGAGCAAACAGUAUCACUGGAGGACUAUUUGCAAGGCAGGUGCAGCCGCUCAUCGAGCUUUGACUAACAGGCGAAAUGCUAGUAAAACAUCUAAACAAUCACUCACUCGCUGUGAUUCUUUUGUAUAUUACUUUGGGUUUUUUUGCUCUUCUUUUGCUUUACUUACGUAUAUGUGUUACAGAUAGGUGUUGGAUGAGAGGUUGUUUGUGGUGUGCCCUCCUCCUCCCCUUAAUAGUAGUCACUAAAAAAGAGAAAAAAAAAAAGUGUCCCACUUGUUGGGACGUUUUUCCCUUGUUUUCCCUCAAAUUUCAAGUGUCGGUGGCUGAAUGAAUGCAAGAGUGCAAUAUGUUGUAAUAGACUAAUAGUAGAACAUGAUUUCAUUGUAUUUGGAACAUUCUGAUCUGAUUGAGUGGUGAGCCCCCCAGUAAUCAUAGCUCCAGUUGCCUAACAAAAGGCCUAAUAAAGUAUGAUUCUUGCUUA